AUGCCUCUGAAUAAUCGCCAACAUGCCUACAGGGCAGGUAAGUCAACAGAAACUGCUCUAUACGAACUAACGAACACCGUACAAAAAGCAUUAAAUGUUAAAGAAACUGCACUAUGCGCCUUCCUAGAUAUAGAGGGGGCCUUCGAUAACACCUCUCAUGAAUCAGUAUCUAAGGCUCUUGUAAGAAAGUGUGUUCCGGCCACCAUUACAAAAUGGAUAGAGAAAAUGUUGAGCACAAGAACGGCAGAGGCAACUACAGGUGUAACAACACAGAAAAUCAUCACAACAAGAGGAUGUCCACAGGGAGGGGUUUUAUCACCCUUGCUGUGGAGCCUUGUAGUGGAUGAAUUACUGGAACAUCUUACAUCCCUGGGUAUUCGAUGUCUUGGUUUUGCUGACGAUAUUGUAAUAACCGCCUACGGGAAGUUCGAGGAGACCCUUUGCGAUAUCAUCCAAAGAGGACUUUCAGCUACAAGUAAAUGGUGUUUAACGGUGGGGCUAAAUAUCAACCCAGCAAAAACUACAAUUGUACCAUUCACAAGGAAACGGCUUUUGCCUCAUAUCAGACCUAUCCAGCUAGCUGGUAAGGUCAUUGAACUAAAGAGAGAGGUAAAAUAUCUAGGUAUCACACUAGACAGUAAACUCCUCUGGAAUAAACACUUAGAAAUAACAGUCGGGAAAGCCACAAAAGCCCUUAUGAUAUGCCGAAGACUGGCAAAUAAAUCAUGGGGGUGCAAACCAAAUAUCCUAAGGUGGAUGUAUACCAUGAUGGUGAGACCCAUUAUCACCUACGGUGCGGUUGUUUGGCACAAAAGAACCGAACUAGUUACAACUAAAAAGACAUUAAACAAAGUUCAAAGAUUGGCCUGCUUAUGCAUUACUGGCUCAAUGAGAACUUGCCCUACAGCAGCAAUGGAAGUCAUCCUCCACUUAACACCACUCCAUGAAGUAAUAAGUAGUACUGCUAACGGAACAAUCUUGAGAUUUGCAAAAGAGGGAACUGGUACGGGCAAGAGUAUUGGUCUCAAAGAAAGGGACUCAAUAUCGAACACCACAGUUAAAAACCUCCUUGACAUCCCAAGAGAUUGCAUGAUCAAGAAAUACAACUUUGAGAAAAACUUUCAAACACAGUUUAGUAGCAAGGCAAAGUGGGUAAGUGAAUCCACGAACUACACUUUCAAUGCAAACGCCAUCAAGUGGUACACUGAUGGAUCGAGAACAGCUGAUGGAACUGGAGCAGGAAUAUUUGGGCCUAGAACCAAAAUUUCCAUUCCAAUGGGACAGUUUCCUAGCAUUUUUCAAGCGGAAAUCAACGCUAUAGAUAAAUGCGCAGAACGUAAUCUCGAAAGAAAAUACAAAAACCAAAACAUUGCCAUCAUGUCUGAUAGCCAGGCCGCACUUAAAGCUAUAAACUCAUACGCCAUCAACUCCAAACUCGUAUGGGAAUGUGUGAAGAAGCUGAACGAGCUUGGCAAGGCAAAUAAAAUAACACUGUACUGGGUUCCCGGACAUGUUGGAGUACAAGGGAACGAAGUAGCAGACUCCUUAGCAAAAGCAGGUGCAACCGCACCUCUUAUGGGCCCAGAACCAUAUUGCGGAAUUGGAGACAGCACGAUCAAACAAAUGAUAAAAACCGAUGAGGAGGCCAAACGAACUAAAAUUUGGAAAGAGACUCCUAAACUCAGACAGGCGAAAUCACUACUUGGGAAUUACAACCAAAAAAGAUUUAAAACCUGCAUUAACCUGAGUAGAAACAACCUGAGAAUAAUAACAGGGAUCCUUACAGGCCACUGCAAGCUGAGAAAACACCUCAACAACAUUGGCCUGGCAGACAGUGCCACCUGUAGAUUCUGCAACAAUAAUGAAGAGACGCCAGAACACAUACUGGGCAACUGUGAAGCACUAAUGCACAAUCGACACAGAUACCUGGGCCAGCACCAGGUAACAAAUAAACUUUCAACUAUAAAUUUAGUUUAUUAUCUUUACGCUCUUGCCGACGAUCCCGAAAAAAAGACGAAGACAUUGCCACCGCCACCAAACGACGACGACGAUGAGAGUGUUAAAUUAUUGCAAUUUACAUGUUUCCACAUAAUUAUUUUGCAAAAUAGCAAUAAUUAUUAUUAUCCAUCACCAUCAGAUUAUAGCCACAGCCACCACAAAGCACCAGAGCAAAGCAUCGCAUUUGGCUAUAAAAUUAAUUGA